UGUAAAUGUAUGGGAAUUGUUCAUGAUAAUGGUAAUGACUGUCACACACAUGUACGAUCACAUUUAAACCGUUUGUUAACCUAGAUAUGAUAGAUAUUUAACCAAACUUUCGCUGGACAAUGCAGUCAAAUAAAGUAAAUUAGGACAUAUUUGGGUCCUCAUUAUGCAACUCGUGCCUUAUCAUGCUAGUCAAUGCCGGAAAGGUGUCACAAUGUGGACUGCGGCGGUCGUGUUUCUUCUUUUUGGUGUAGAAGCUGUAUCAGGUGUUCGCCUGAGUAUACAGGGAACCCAUUUCACAUACAGUGGACACCGGGUAUUCUUGGCCGGAAUUAACAAGGCGUGGGAACACUAUGCCCAUGAUUUUGGUAACGGGCAGUAUAAUGGAGUUAAAGCCAGAUACGAGCACGUGUUCCAGCAACUACAGAAUGCCGGAGCCAAUUCCAUUCGAAUUUGGAUUCAUAUAGAAGGAGAAUCUUCACCCCACUUUGACAGCAGUGGCCAUGUGACAGGUCUUGAUACUGGUGGUACUUUCAUUAACGAUAUGAAGGCCAUGUUGACGGCUGCUCAAAAUCAUAACAUCUUCGUGUUUCCGACAUUAUGGAACGGCGCUGUCAAACAACAAACUCACAACCGCUUGGACGGUUUAAUUAGGGAUACUGGCAAACUGAACUCGUACAUAAACAACGCUCUCAAGCCCAUGGUACAGGCCCUAAAGAGCAUGCCCGCCCUCGGAGGUUGGGACCUCAUGAACGAACCAGAGGGUGAACUAAAACCUGACCUGACUAGCAGUGAACCCUGUUUCGACACUCGCCAUCUUCACAAUUCCGGAGCUGGCUGGGCAGGCAAGCUUUACACACCUCAAGAACUUUUAAGGUUUUUCAAUUGGCAGGCUGCUGCAAUAAAGGAGGUCGAUCCUCAUGCUUUGGUUACAGUCGGGGCCUGGAAUGGAAAAGUGAACACUGAUAACUUCGGUUUCCACAACCUGUAUAAAGACAGCUGCCUUAUAAAAGCAGGGGGGAAAUCACAAGGCACCUUAUCCUUCUAUCAAAUUCACUCUUACGACUGGCAAGGGCAUUUUGGAACAGAGUCCCCUUUUAUGCACAAGUUUGGAGCCUUUGGUCUUCACAAACCUUUGGUUAUCGGGGAAUUUCGCGAGAAGAAUGGCGGCGGGAUGACCAUUAACCAGCUAUAUGAUCAUGCGUACAAUGGAGGGUUUGCUGGAGGUUGGGGCUGGUCAGAAACAGACGGGAAUAUAAACAACAUGCUAAAGGGACUGAAUCACGUCAGAAACUAUCACAACGGGGCCCAUGGCACAAUUCAUGUUCAGAUACAUUAAGCAGAUAUAAAUAAAGUUUGUUUCAUUCAUA